AUGGUCAAGAUUGUUGUUGCCGGCGGCUCUGGCAGUCCAAAUUUGACCACAUGCCCUGGAACGAUGGCAAAGGUCCUCGAGUACUCGCUCUUCAUGCCCGGACUGUUCACAAACUACCUCACCCACCCGUACAAAUCGACCAAGCACAUUCACCCGAUGCAGACGCCUUUCGACCUUGGGAAUCGCCGACUUCUCAUGGUGGACAGCGGCGACUUCUGUAUUACCCUUACCACGGUCACGGACAUUGCCAAUGUUGUAGUCAAAGCCGUCGAGUACGAAGGCGAGUGGCCGGUUGUUGGGGGCAUCAGGGGCGACGACCUGACGAUGGAGGAGGUCAUCAAAAUGGGCGAGAGAGUUCGCGGCGGAAGAUUCAACGUUGAGAGACUGAAGGUAGAUGACCUAAAGGCUGGGGUGGUGAAGUCGACUUGGCUCCCCACGCCCGACCAUCCGUCCUUCACUCCCGAGCAAAUCGCCGAGUUCACGGAGUAUAUGACGGCCGGGAUAGUGCUUGGUAUCUCGGCCGGCGCCUUGAGUGUUUCAGAUGAGUGGAAUCAGCUGUUGCCGGACUAUAAGUUCACCAAAGCCGAGGACUUCCUGGCUGAGUUUUGGCGUGAUAAGCCGUAG